UUAUUACUCAAUAAAUAACAAUUUUCUUUGCUAGUUUACUUUGUACUUGCAACUCAGUGAAUUCUUCUGUAAACACACAACUUAUUCCAUAAUAUUUUAAACCGAUGCUAUCACUGCCGAGUAUUAUCUUCAGCCGACUAUCAAACUAUCGCCUUGCCAGCGGAUUUAAUUCAAACUUAGAUCAAUAUGACAAUUCAAAACAGGCCUGUAUUUGCCUUUACUAAGUGCCAGUUUGUGAAUUUGCAAAAAAAGCAUCUGUGUGAAAACCCGGUGUAAUGAUUUCACCCUGUAUUCGACGUGCUUUGAAGUUUUCGAAUUGCUGUUCAUGCCAUUUUCGCCGUGAAAAGACAAAAGUAGCAGAAAAUUUUUGCGAAUUUGAUGGUGUAAAUUGAUAGAAAAGAAAAAUAUUUGACAUAAAUUUUAAAAAAUUACAAUUAGAAAAGUCAACAGCACAAAGCAAAGAACUGAAUUGGUUAUAAAACUGCAUUAUAUUAACGGGAAUCGGUCGUUGAUUAUUCAUUGCAAAACUAUCAUUGCACCUUAAACGCACGAUAUACAUAUAUAUGUGAAGAUAAAAGUGUCAGCAAUAACGCAAUUUCUGUCUGUGUAAGGUCGUUCGUUGACCAUCAGUGAACGCUAUCCCAAACUUGCUGCCAACAUAUCGUGUGUGUGCAUAUACAUUACUAUUCUCUGGAUUCCACUAUUACAAACAGAGUUAGUUGUUCCAGUUAUCGGAUUUUCGGUAGCGGCAGACGCCAGCUAACGCCAGAAACUCGUUCCCGGGGAGCGGAAGACGUAGACGACGCGUGUCCGUGUCGACAAAAAUGGCUGUGAAGCAAAAUAACACGGAAGCGAACGCUGCGCCCGCACCCGUUAAUGGGAACGCGGUAGGAGGAGCUGGUACAACAGGAGGCUCUAUUUCUGGUGCGUCGUCUGGAGUUGGGGUUGGUGCGAGCAGUGGUUUAACAAGUAUCGGAGCGGGAGGAGUUAGUAUCAGUGGGGGCACGAAAGCAAAAAAGCUUAUUUCCAACGUAAAUAUAACUGGUGAGGUCAGUGGAAAUGAAGAAAAUGCAGAACCUGGCUGUAGUGGCGUCGGAAAUAAUUUGUCCGUCAAGCCGAAGGUGAACAUGAAAAAUGCGGCAGGAGUAGUUGGAAGUGUUGCAGAAUCUAAUGAAGCUGAUAAUAUUGUUGGGCAAAGCAGUAAGAACACCACUAACAUAACACAUAUUUUACAUCUCAUCGAUUUGGUGGAACAAAACCAACAACAUAUAUCUUUUGGUCCCGAUAUGAUAAAAAUUUAUCAUCAUUUAAUUCGCGAACUAGCCCACGUACAGAUUCCUCGACAAACACCAAAAGAACUUAAGCGUUUUAAGGAAGAUAUAGUGAAGGUGGGCGCUUUUUUCAGCAAAGCUAAUGAGAAGCGCAUGUACCUAUUUUACUUACGUGUAGUCUGCCAGCUAAUGACGCAAAUGGAGGGGGAAACACCUUCUUGCGCUAUAGCCAUUAUUUUCCAGUUGUUCAACUCCGAUAUGGUUUUCGAGGCUGUGCAGUCUAUGCUUGAUCAUAAAAUACCUGAGCAAAAUAUAAGAAAGACUGUAAAAUUACUAAGCGAAUGGUUACGCAUGUGCAAUUUUUGUCAAAAUCUAAAUCUGUGGAUAUUAGCUAUAUUAUCGGGACUGCAGGAGCAAGAAAAGUAUUCGCUCUAUCGAGAUAUUGCAUUCGAGAACAUUGAACCUUUAUUUACAUCUCUAAUAUUGCCAGUACUUCGACCAAAAGUUUAUCCCAUCGUAUUCCACAUGCUGUCCUGCAUUAACCAAACACCUAUAGUUUUUCAUAAAAUUCUGCCCAAGUUUCCGCGUGUUAUUACCUAUCUGAAAAAGCAGUCAAAUAGUCAGGAAGACUAUGCUGAAGAAACAAAAAAAAUUCUACACAAGAUGGUAGAAUUAACUAAGACUCUGAUGGUGCGUUUCUAUGGGUACGAUGAGUUAUACGAGGCAGUGGAACUGGUCAUCAAAGAUAUACCGCAUCCUUAUGAUUUUCCAAGUUAUGGAAACAAUGGCAAGAGCGAAGAUGAAAACGGUGUAGCUGCAGAGAUUAUACCACAUGAAAGUAAUGCCAAAGUCGGCUUAGUAAAUUUAGGUAAUACAUGCUACAUGAACAGUGUAUUACAGGCGUUAGCUAUGACAAAAGAGUUUAGCCGAGAAAUAUUAUUGUCUCAAAGUAAAUCACCAUUAUUGAUGAAAAUGCAACAACAAAUCGCAUUGAUGCUGUAUUCCACUCGUUUUGAAUUGACACCGUCUCGUGUUUUAAGUGCCACGCGUCCUCCAGGUUUCUCACCAGGGUUACAACAAGAUAGCUCAGAAUAUUUGGGUUACUUAUUAGAAACAUUACAUGAACAAGAAACAAUGUUCCGUAAAAAGUCUGGAAGUGAAAAACCAAUUACAAACAAAGCUAUUUCUCUAACCCAAGUAGAAACUACAGAUGCUGAAGAAAUUGAACCGAUAGCUAAAACCGCGAAGCAAGCAGACAGAGGAACUAGUUGUGCCAACAGCGGGGAAGGUGCCACAGGAUAUUUUAAUACAUCACAAGCACAACAUUCCUCCACAAAUGAAAACUCAACAUCUGACACUCCAAGUGAAGUUGAAAAUACUACUGUUGCACAAGGUAGUUCAGGCAGCGCUUCAAAUGCCUGCAAAGGGGACUCUAUUAUAUCUAGCACCAUUGAAAAAACCUUUACUGGUAAAUUGGCGACCACAUACGAGUGCCUGACUUGUGGCUGGAAAAGUCGCAUUGUCGAUAGUUUUCGUGAUUUACAACUCUCUUUUCCUGAAGUGAAAAACGAUUGCGCUUCCAACUACUCGGUUCAGGAUCUUAUUGACUACUACUGUUCGCCAGAGAAACUAUAUGGAGACAAUCAAUAUUUCUGUGAGCGGUGUAAGAAACUAUGCGAUGCCGAACGCUAUAUAAAUGUCAUUAGCGCACCGAAAAAUCUUAUUUUGACUUUAAAACAUUUCAAGUAUGAUCAAAAAUAUCAUACACGCGCUAAGCUCAUGCAUAAAGUAUUUCACGAUGAAAAGGUAUCUGUUAAGGUCUGUGCUGCAGACACUUUGGAGGAGAUUGCUUCCGUGCAUUACGAUCUUUACGCUGGUGUUGUCCACUCUGGCUUCAGCAUGGACUCUGGCCAUUACUACACAUAUGCUGCUGAUACCACAAAUAAAUGGUAUAAAUUUAAUGAUAACAUUGUGACACCUUCUAAAUCAGAGGAACUACACAAUCUCACACCACCCAAUACACCAUAUAUACUAUUCUAUCAAAUGGGUGCACGCUCUAAUGAGGCUUCGUCAUUUGAAGGAUCGACAACAAAAGUAGUUAAGGUAGAUGUGCCAAAUCCAUUGUCGUUGGAUGAGCUUUCGUCAGAUUUGCGAAAUUACAUUAAUCAUGAUAACUACGUUUUUGCCGAGGAAGUUAGGGAACGCAUUAUAAAGAGUGGCGGUAGAGCGGCAUUACAGAAUUCACUGGCGGGUAGGCUAAGCGGCAACGGCCGGGGUCGCAAUGAUUAUGAUGAUGACAAUGAUUCAGAUCAGCCGCCACCGUCCAGUGGUUGUGGUGGAAAUGCACUCGACGUUAAUGUUAAUCGCUUUGUAUACUAAAUGACUUCGUUCAGAGAUUUGCAAGAAAUCAUAUAUGUACAUAUGACUUUGUUCUUCAUAUUAAUUUUUGAAAUGUGACGGUUAUUAUAUAGAGCAAAUGAAAUCCAAGAGAACACAUAAUCGAAAUUAUGUUAUGAGAUUUUAUAGAAUGUUCAGCCAAUCGUACAUAUACAUAAUAUUUUGCAAUGAAUCUGCAUAGAAUUUACCGCCUAAUAACGACUCUCACAUACAUACUUAUAUAUUUAUAUAUAAAUGUAAUUACAUACUAUAAUAUCAUUAUAUUGUAUAAUCAGCGUUGUAAUUUUGUAGUGCAUUCGCCAACAGUAGGAUGCGAGCGGUAAUAACAUAAAAUGUGUAUCAGUCACAUACAAAAAUUAACGAUAAAAAGUUAGAAUUAUGUAAAGUAAGAGAAUUUCCGUAGUGCACAGCAUCGGAACGGAAGUUCCAAAAUGAAAAAGAGAAUGAUGAAUCGGUAUAAUUCGAUAUUAAAGAUUUGUACUUGUUAAUUGUAAACAUAAAUUGUGUAAACACUCCUUUAAAAUUAUCAUUAAAUUAUCAGCAGCGAGAUAAAUUA